AGAGAGAGAGAGAGAGAGAGGGAGGGAGGGAGAUCAAGACAGAGACAGAGAGAGAGGGAGAGAGAGGGAGUGAGAGCGGCGGUUUAAUGUAGGGCCCUGAAUUAGAGAGGUGAGGCUAAUUUACGAGUCUUGUUUUGCGUUUCAGGAAAAGGGGGGAGUGAACACGGGGGGAUGGUGGUGGUCGAGAAGGGGAAUGCAGCAAUCCCGUUUUUCUAAGCAUGCAGAAGCGGAGCUCUUCCGGUUCCUAGGCUGGUGGUUGUGAGUCCCCGUCCUCCGAGGCAGCAGCCGUAUGGGGGAAGCAGCGGCAGACACAGAUGGCAUGGACACUUCCGCAAGGUCUGCCGCUCUGCCCUGCCUGCUCCGCCGGUGCCCGUCCGCCGCCGCCGCCGCCUCUCUCUUCCAGCGCGCCCCGCCACCCAGCAGCACUGCAGCACAGCACAGGCUGACGGCAUGAGGCUUGAUCCAGUCCAUUUCUCCAUGCUGGUCAUCGGGGUCUCCUUCGCCUGCUACGCCCCGAGUCUCAACUCCCUCCAGGACCAGGCGUACCGGGCCGCCGUGGUCAUCGAGGGCGAGGUGCGCUCCUCCUCCCCGGAGAACGCUACCUCGCGGGAGCCCUACAGUGUGAAUGUCAAAGUGCUGGACGUGUGGCCUAUCAACAGCGGCGGGCUCGAGAAGGAGCAGCUCGUGACCGUCGGAGACUUCGGCUCCGAGGCCCCGUGCACCACGGUGGAGAAGGACCACAGAUACAUCUUUUUCAUGGACCCCACGGCCGAGCCCUUGGUGUUCAAGGCUUCGUACGCCCCUGUGGACGCCAGCGAGCCGGAGCUGAAGAAGGACGUAGAGAGAGUGCUGUGUGAGGACUGCGCCUCUGCUCCUAAGCUGCGGCCGAUGCAGGGCCAGUCUCUGAUGGAGGGGGACAAGCUGUACCUGAAGUGCGAGGCGUCGGGGAGCCCCAGCCCCUCCUUCCACUGGUACAAAGACGGUCUCAAGCUGCAGAAGGGCCGCGACCUGAAGAUCAAGACCAACAAGAAGAACUCCAAGGUGCAGAUCAGCCGCGUGCGCGUGGACGACUCGGGGAACUACACCUGCGUGGCGGAGAACUCUCUGGGCCAGGAGAACGCCACCAGCCUCAUCAGCGUUCAGAUCUUGACCACGACCACGCCGUCGGCGGGCGUGAGCCACACGCGGCGCUGCAACGAGUCGGAGCGGACGUACUGCGUCAACGGCGGAGACUGUUACUUCAUACACGGUAUAAACCAGCUCAUCUGCAAGUGUCCAAACGACUACACAGGCGACCGCUGUCAGAACUCCGUCAUGGCCGGUUUCUACAAACUUCGUGGAAUUGAAUUUAUGGAGGCGGAGGAGCUGUACCAGAGGCGCGUCCUGACCAUCACGGGCAUCUGUGUGGCGCUGCUCGUGGUGGGCAUCGUGUGCGUGGUGGCCUACUGCAAAACCAAGAAGCAGAGGCAGAAGAUGCAGAACCACCUCCACCAGGGUCAGAACCAGUGUGUGGAGCAGCCCAACCGGACCCUGGCCAACGGGCCCAAUCACCCGGGCCCCGGCCCCGAGGAGAUCCCCAUGGUGGACUACAUCUCCAAGAGCGUCCCGACCACAGAGUGCGUCAUCAGCCACGGAGCGGAGGGCGCCGGGAACUACGCAGGCAGCCGCAUGUCCACGCGCUCACACCACUCCUCCACUGCCUCUCACGCCUCCAGACACGAGGAGCAGACGUGGAGCAUGGAGCGCACAGAGAGCAUGAACUCGGACUGCCAGUCGGGGGCGCUGUCCAGCUCGGUGGGGACCAGUAAGUGCAGCAGCCCGGCCUGCAUGGCGCGGAGGGGCGCGCCCCACUGGGGCUGCGGCCAGCUGGCCCGGCCCGCCGCCGGCAUGACGUACGGAGACUCCUACGACUCACUGAGGGACUCACCCCACAGCGACAGGUACGUCUCGGCGCUGACCACGCCGGCGCGCCUCUCCCCGGUGGAGUUCCACUACCCCGCGCUGCCCCCCCAGGUGCCCACCUUCCAGAUCACCUCCCACCACACGGCCCACGGCCUGGGCCUGCCCCCCUCCUCCGCCAACGCCACCUACCACAGGGAAGACGACCAACCACUGCUGCGCUGCCCUGACGACGGCCGGCUGUACCGGCAGCCCCGUCGGCCCCGGCGGUCCUACCUGGCCGAGAGCACGGGUAGCCUGCCCUCCAGCCCCUACCGCCUGCCGGACGAGGAGGCCUACGAGACCACCCAGGAGUACGCCUCGUCGCGGGAGCCAAUCCGCAGCCGGCGCCGGCCCCGCCGCAGCCGCCUCAACGGCCACGCCUCCCUGCGCGCCGCGGGGGCGGGGCUAAGGGACUACAGCUCCCAGAGCUUCAGCCAAUCGGAUGAGGAGUACGGGGAGGACGAGGAGGACGAGGAGGGGGAGGAGGAGGAGGAGGAGGAGGAGGAGGAGGGCCACGGCGAGAGCACGCCCUUCCUCAGUAUGCAGAACAUGAGCGUGGAGCCGCCGCCCCUGGUCCUGGCCCCCAUGGGCUACCGUCUGUCGUCGGGCGGGGACACGCGGACUCACCGGGCUCCCAGCCGGGGCCCCGGGCCCCGCAGCAACGGCCAGAGCCGCGGAGGACAGCGCUCAAAGACAGACCACAUGCCCCUUUAAGACUGGCCCCGCCCCGCCCCCACCCAGCCCCACACACACCUGCCCUCACCCCCCCAUACUACUCUGUCCUCCACCUUACAGACCACCACCGACACAAACACACACACACAUACACACACACACACAUAUACACACACACACGCACACACACACACACACACACAUACACACAC